AUGACGACUGAGACCAUGCCCCAUGUCAAUCCUUCUGAGACCAAGAACAUCUCCGGACUCGAUACAAACAGGAAAACCUGCGAGACCCUCAAUGAUGGCAACCGAGUCUUGCUCCAGGAGGAGAUCACCAACUCCUAUCCCUCAACAGCAGGAUAUGUCACAGCGUCCACUACUACCUUGGAGACUUUGACCUUCCUCAGUCCUGAGGCCGCGAUGCCAGAGACCGAGAUCCGCAACGAUAGCAUAUUGUAUUUGGUCUCUCCAGGAAAUGACCAUCAGCAACAAAGAAAGGACAGAGUAGCAACAGCACCAUGCACCCCGAACAAACCUCUUUCAAGCAAACAAGGACCUCAUCCGCUCUCGCCUAUCACCCCGAUCCCUGUCGUCGUCGCCACAGGUACUCGCUCACGCAGACCGAGUCUCAUCGUGACCGCUGACAGGCAUGUCUCCAACGACGACAGGACUGGUCAAGAGGAUCGUAUCACAUUGACGACUGCAGGAGAUGACGCAGUCGAGCGAUCUCUCACGGAGUGUCCUUCGUUCGACCCCGAGCCGUUGGCAGACUUUGUCACCGAGCACCGGUCUACUACUGUCAAGAAGUUUCAUGGGAUCAUCCGGCAACUGGAUGCUGUGAAUGCGGAACUCCAGUGGAUGCUGUCCGAGUACCUCACUCAGCAGUACGAACAGAUCGAGGAAGUCCUUGACUCGAACCACAAAACCAUUGCCCAACAGGAGAAGGACCAAGAACUUCUGCAGGAACAGAUCCUGUCCUUCUUGAACGCAAUGAAGAGCGCGUUUGCAAUCUUUGGCGGGAAUGACUCUUGA